AUGACUAUGUCGGCACUCACAUAUAACUUGAAACUACAGCAGCAAAAGAAGAGGGAAGAAACUUUCACGGAACAAGUAGGCGAACCACAAGAUAUUUGGAAAUUGUAUAGGGACGCAAAGGAGGCAUUGCCCCAUAGGAGACGAAUUUUGAACAUGUCUUGGAGAUUACAAUAUUUAUCGUCUUGUAGACCGUUGAAAACUUCAAAUAUACAGGAGUAUAUCAAGGUCAAUGACGGGAUGGAAAAUGACCCUUUUAAUGACGUUUUUGACUCAGAUCCCAUGGAACAAACUCCAGGUGAGACAAAUGAAAAUUUUGAGAUCACUGCAUAUGGUUCCUUCUCUAACAAUAAUAGUUUGCAAAAUUCAGAAUUUCUAACGAACUUCACACAACAAUCAUACAAUUCCACCUUUGAUUAUCAAUUACAGGACGAAUAUGUCGAUUUAGAUAAUGUAAUGAAGCUUCAAAAGGACAGUAGUCAUGUGGAUUAUUCACCAGCACAGGAAAGUGAAAUUUCCAAUUUCAAUCUGGACACUGAACCCACCAUAAUGGACGACGUAUCAUCACAGGCAACCACUUUGAUGAGACCCACGUCCUCGUUAAUGAAUUCAUAUGAAUCCAACUUCUUCGACACUAACUUCUCAACGGAAAGAUCACACUCUAUUUCUACAUAUGCUAUGCAAAGAACUUCCAAUUCAAACUUUAUUGAUUCCUUCAGUACUUCAAUGGAGGAUAACAAUAUGGAAAUAUACGCUCCAUCACCCAUUAGAAUCCCUAAAUCCAAAUCACAAUACGUAACCAACACGAAUAUCACACCAUCCCCUUCUUCAACAUCUUUGAAUGCUCUAAUGACCUCCCAACACUUCACGCCGAUGAGCUUACCCAUCGCCAUCAACGUGAACGACCCAAAUAAGAAGAGACGGCCUUCAAGCAUACAAAAGAGAAGACCCUCUAUGUUGAAGGGUAAACCUUCAAAUACUUCCCUCUCCACCAUGAAUAAUAAUAUUCCUUCUAAUGCCAAUAAUAAUUCAAUUAGAUGCUCUAAUUGUGGAACGGGGACUACUCCAUUAUGGAGGAAAGACGCCAAUGGGAAUUCUCUAUGUAAUGCAUGCGGACUGUUUUUGAAAUUGCAUGGUGUUAUGAGACCAUUGUCUUUGAAAACAGAUGUCAUCAAGAAACGUCAAAGAAAUAAAAAGACUUCCACUGCCAAUAAUAAUGGCAAGAAGAGAAGUGGAGCAUUGCCACAUGAUCAAACGAAGGCGGUGGAAAUACCGUCAUAUUUACCAUCGGGAGAACGUAGUAAUGGGAAAAUAAUAGAGGGAAUCGAUAUACAAAGGAAUAAGAAAAAGGGUAAUUUAGAAUGGCUUAGUUUAGAUUUAUAG